ACACCAAAGUAAAGUGCGAAGUUCCCGACCAGAAUGCAAAAAGUUGGAGCUAUGACCGGUCUACAACUUGGAUCUGUAACAAAUACAACCUUGAAGUCUGCAAAGUCGCAGGAUGAUGGACAUCGUCUGGACUUGCUGGGCAAUCUUGGAGCAAGUUUCCAGGACGAGGUACCAUCAUGUAGACGAUGUUUCUGUAUGCCCAGACAUGAUCGGCUCCUCUGAUCUUCCGAGACUUGUGAGGUUUGCAGAGUGGCGGAAGACUUUCAAUGCUUCCGUACAAGGUUUCUCCUCCUGCCUGUCUAGCAAGCAGGCUCAAGACAGGGUUGAACAACACCCGCUGGCUGUCGAAGAAAAUGGUCUGGAAUGAGAAGCUUCCAACCUCAUAGUUGAGCCGUGCGAGGGUGAGCAGACUCGUCUCUACCUCCUUGAGGAGACUCGCUGCCCGUUUGACGGUGAACACUUCUUCCUGAUCCUGAUCCAACAGCUCGGAGAGAGGCUGUCCUCCUUCGAGGACGCAUACGUAGCUUCCAUGCUCAUACGAGAGCUCGUUGACUGCGGCUGGGGGUACCAGGAGCAAGCUGGUGUCAGGACAGGGAGGAAGCACAGAUCAUGCUAUGCG